CAAACAGAGAAAAGAAAACAAACAAAUUCUUCGUUCUUUAUGUACCGAUUUACAUCUGUUGCCAUUUUUUUACAGCACACCCUUAGUAUCCAUAUAUAUUAUUUUUAUUGGUACCUCCAUUACUUUUCAGCACCUUAUUUUCUUAUUUCUUGUCAUCCUCAUAUCAUCAAGCCGAAACAUACCUCUAUUUCCUUGUAUAUUACACCCUUAUCCACUAAAUAUUCUUUCUUUAGGCGUCGUAUUCAUUUGCCCUCUCGUGUUAUGCUUCUCGUGUUAAUUUGAUAUCGUAUCCACCUUCUGCUUUUCUUUUCGUGGAUUUGCUGUUUUUUUGAUCUCACCAAUACUUUCUAAUCUUGUCUCUCUGGCUCUCCUUUGUCCGAUUACACCUAUUGUACUUCUUGUUGCAAAUAAUUACCUCGUAAAGUGAAGUUCAGCAUUCAAUUCUUUCA